CAUAAUCGCUCGAGUCGCACGAAUCGCCAGCCGCAUUCAUACUCACCCUUUUGUGCGUUAUAUCCUUCGUUGCUGGACAUAUGCACCUAUCGCACCGGCGAGGCCGAACCACGAAGCUCCUCGCCUAGGCUGUGGAAGCCUGGGCUGCUCUAUAUCUCUCGCCUGGAGCACUGCUUCGCUUACUGUUCUGGCCGUGACAUCACAAGAGCAGGAAUAAAGCAGGUCGAGCUCGACCCCCUGGAGCACACCGAAUUUGGCAGCGUGGAGGACGUAUAGAUCUAGGAGGACCACCAGAGGCAGAGGCGGCCAGCUGCCGCAUGAGGACCACAUGCGGUCAAGACGAACACGCUGCACUUUCUGGGCCUACGUGAGCUAUGGCAGCAUUCGUGAGGGUAUCGGGUCCACCCAAUAGUAAUUUCCUGGUGGGAUAUCCAGGCAUAUCUGCGACUUUGCCACGAAUAGAGGGUCGCGUCGAGAUAAGGCCAGGAGUGGGAGUGAGCGCGCCUGUGAACAUCUCACUCGUCACGGUGUCCCUACAACGGCGGGAGUCGAUACAACCCAAUGCCGACUCAUUUGUGCGAAAUCUCAAUUCCUCGAACCGAAAAGAGAUCACGGAUAUUGUGGGGAAGGAGAUGCUUUUGUUCAGAUGCGCACAGGGAAAGGAGUCAGAGUCUAUUCUAUGCAUGGAUCUGCCUUUUGUGAUAUUCAUACCCUAUGGCCGUGGAGGAGAGGAAAUAGCAAGGCGCGUACCUCCAGCAAGUCUACAACUGGACAAGAGAACGGCAGAGACGUUUUAUGAGAUUGUGGUGACGGUUCAGCAAGGCCAUCAGGAGCAGCGGAAGUACCCUUUCCCAGUGCCAAUAUCGAGGUACGACACAUUGAGCACAUUUGGUAUGUACAACCGGCCGGAAAGUGCGGAGAGAGUCACGGAUCAUCUCGUUACGCUCGGUAUCAGCCUGCCACGUUGGAGUUACGGGCCACUGGAUCCCGUGUCAGUUUACAUCAAGCUCUCGCCGAACCCAGACUGGACGAGCAAGGCGAAGCGAGUGACUAUACAGGACAUUACUGUCGGUAUCGACGAGGAGAUCAUUUACAAUCCUGAAGGGGAUGAGCCUGUAAGGAAAACGAAGACGCUGGCGAAGCACAAGCAAAGCGUUGGAGUGAAGUUACCGGAGGCAGGCUACUUCACAAACCUGGGUCUCGUAUUCCCGGCGCGCGAGCUGCGAGACAGCGAAGGUAUUCUGCCCAGAGGGCGAAAAGAAUUCCCGAUGUACAGCGUGGGGGGAUUUACGACAACGGGAACGCUGUAUAAGAUUGAGUACUAUCUUACAGUCAAGGCAAAGCUGUCGUCUGCGCGUGAUAUCUUGCUACGGCAGCCCAUUGUUGUAUGUCCUUUCGACCAUGCCGGUUGUAAGGAGGAGAUGGAGGCUAUUGAACAGGCUGCAAAAGAUGCGGCCCACAUUUCGCCCGACAAUCCUAUGUUACCAGCCGCGUCUAUCAUUAGAGCCAAUGAUCCCGCCGGACUUCGUGCCUUGGGUAUCACGAUGGUGGGCACGCAAAGAAGGCCGCUGAUUGAGUGAGCGAGAGACUGGUGUACGAAAGCUACAAUCACAUUGCGACUCCUCGAUGCGCACACGUACUGCGCACAGGGUCGGUUGGCGAGGGCAAUGCUUGGCAAGCUUGCUUGACAGCUCACCUCGCAGACUGCCUGACCUGAAGUUAAGGGGGACUCAGCUUGUUGCAAGCUGCUGCCACAUGGGACCUGGCGCAGACUAGCCCGAGCCGGUGCGUGGCCUACGACGCGACGAAGCCACGAAUAAAUGAUGAAGCAAGGCAAUCAUUUUGACGCAGAUGAAGGUUGAAUCAGGAUGGAGCUCUGGAUACCCAUUUGCUUGAAUUUCGCGAGUACGAUAUUCCAUUGGCGGGGACUGGUGAGCCGGGCCCAGGUGUGUGCAUGGAAGCCGCUUCUUUGAGAGAGGCGAGCGACGUGCGCUUGUAUACAUAGGUAAGGUAAUUAGUAAAAUGCUGUCUACCACAGCCACUCAAGCUCAGCCCGAAGUA